UUAACGCAUCCAGUUAUAUAUCAGUUUUUGUGGCUGGUAGUUUCCUCCUCUUGGCCCUCUAACCUUAAUCAUGGGGGACUCUUCGGGGGGCGAGGGCCCCCCGACGGUUAGUGCUGCACAAGAAAAUGACAGUUUAUCCAAUGAUUCUCAAAAUCGUCCGUUGAACGCCAUUAUUUGUAACAUUUUGCCACCGGAUUGCAAAAAAACUGCUGAAGAUAUUUCCAGGCUCCAGUAUUUUGAUGUGCUCUCAGGUGAAGAGUUGUCAAAGUUAUCGGCAGAGAUCCAGAUUAUCAAGAAUCAGUUCGAGCAAGAUGCUGAAAUCCUGCGGGAAGUUGCCAAAAUCUCCGCAAACAUAAGAAGGACAGUAAAUCGGAAAACAAAAUAUGAAAUCACCGAUCAGGGGCCUUUUAUGGUGAUUCUGGAGAGGAUUACAAGUAAGGUGGGGACUCUUCAUCCUAUGAACUUUGGGAAGUUACUUCAAGCGCAGAAAGUUCAAGGUUUGGUCAUUGGAAAAACCAAUGUAAAAGCAAGGGUAGAUGUAGUUUCUGCGCUGGAGAUCAUCCAGUAUUUCAUUGUGAACUGAAAGAACAGUUUUAUAAGAAGAAACCAUGCCCGACAGACCACUUAAAUCAUGAAGGUAAAUGCAGCCUGGGUAAUUGCGAAAUAUCUCCAAAGCCAACUUGCAUCCACUGUAAAGGCUCUCAUCAGGCCACUGAUAGAUCAUGUCCGGAAAUGGACAGACAGAAGAAAAUCAAUGAGGCUAUGGCAUGGUACAACCUAUCCUUUUUUGAAGCGGCCAAACUCUUUCCAAGACGUCCCAAAUCAAGUGAGUUUAAUCGCUCUAAUGAAAAUUUCCCUCCUAUUCAUAACACGGUUGCCCCCGUCUCUCAGCCUUCUCCUAGAUCUGAUUCUAAAACUUAUUCUGUCAUAGCAAAAAAGCGUAAGUCCCCCCAAAUAGAAUCAGGGUAUGAUAGGGACGCCCACAGGGAUUGUCUCGUGCCCCCGUUGACUAGGCAGAAGUUGAAUCACACUAGCAAAAGUCAAUC